ACAACAGACUAUGCUGCACCUUAACUUCCCUACCCUGAUGUAAAGAAAACAGUACGCUGUUUACCCCUAACAUAAUGCGUGCCGAAUAGAGUGCGGCAGACAAAAUGCUGUAACUUAACUUCCCUACCCUGUAAAAAAAACUGUACGCUCUCUAACCCUAAUAUACAGCGUGCCGAAGGGAGUACGAGAGAGAAAAUGCCGUAACUUAACCGUUUCCUACCCUGAUGUAAAGAAAACUGUACGCUCUCUACCCCUAACAUACAGCGUGCCGAAUAGAGUACGAGAGAGAAAAUGCUGUAACUUAACUUUCCUACCCUGAUGUGAGGAAAACUGUAAGCUCUCUACCCCUAACAUACAGCGUGCCGAAUAGAGUACGAGAGGGAUAUUGGCCUAUAUUGUUGGUCAGAAACAGUGACCACUUAUACGGUGACCGCUUCUUGCCAGGUGCCAUAUCAACAUUAUCAGCCUGUAUCCGUUCAUAUAGGCCGUAGGAGCGGAUAGGGCGUAGUGGAAGGGAAAUGGUAGAAAAGGCGGUAUAUCUUGGUACACAGGGCACGCUUUUAGAAAAUCUCUCGCUGACUGCUUGAUGCCAUUGCAAUGGAAGCGAAGACCAAACUUCCUUACUAAGUUAUUUAAGCCAACCACCUUACAGAGUCCAGAUGGAGAGGAAUGAAUCUCAUGUAGUCGUUCACAAGCUCCUUCUUUUGAGAUAAGACGCAAUGUUCCGUUGUUUUCUAGGCCACUAUCCUACGAAAGCCGAAUUCAUUAAUUGCUUUGUUAUUCAUUCAACAUAAUGGAGAAUGAGUAAGGAACAGCCUGAGACAUCAGGUUAAAAAGUUACAACUUUUUACAAAACACGGAAAUAACAUCUAUAACAAACCUACUUCUUUUUAAAAAGCCUAACUUGGAUAAAAUAUAAGUCGCAAUUCACGUACGUGCUCAGUAGAGAACAAGAUAUAGAUUGAUCGAACUUGACGAUUUUCAGUCUCAAAACCUAAAAAAAUGUGCAAUGUAUGUCCGAUUUCUGCUGCGUGUUGUGUAGAGUUCGAAACAGAGAAUGAUCAAACUUGACUUCUUUCACUUUGUAAACCUAACUGAAUGUACGAUGUUUGUCAUAUUUCUGCUGGGCGCCGAAUAGAGGACAAGUUAAAGAAUUAUCAAAAUUGACUUUUUUCACUCUUAAAACCAGAAAUCUACGAUGUAAGUCACAUUUUUGUGCCGAAUAGAGUACGAGAUCAAGAACGCCAGGAUUAAAGUGUACUAUUUUUAUUCUAAAAACCUGAAAAAUCUACAAUGUAUGUUACACUUCUGCUGCUUGCCGAAUAGAGUACGAGAUAGAGAAUGACGAAAAUUAACUAUUUCACUCCGCAAACCCGAAAAAUGUGCGAUGUAUGUCACACUUCUGCUGCGUGCUGAAUAGAGUACGAGAUAAAGAAUGAUCAAAGCUGUUUUUUUUUUUCACUCUGUAAACUUGAGAAAUCUACGGUGUAUGUCACAUUUUUGUCGCCUGCCGAAUAGAGUAUGAGAUAAAGAAUGAUCCCAUUUGACUAUUUUCACUUUUAAAACCUGAAAAAUGUAUACGAUCUUUGUCACAUUUCUGUUUCGUGCCGAAUAGAGUACGAGAUAGAGACUAACCAAAGUUAACUAUUUCGGAAAUUAAAAAAUGUACGAUGUAGGUCACAUUUCUGCUGCGUGCCGGAUAAGUAUCAGAUAAACAAUGAUCAAACUUUACUUUUUUUACUCUGUAAACCAAAAAAAAAAAACCGUACGAUGUCAGUCACAUUUAGGCUGCGUGCCGAAUAGAGUACGAGACAGAGAAUAACCAAAGUUAACUAUUUCACUCUGCAAACCAAAAAAGUGUGCGGCGAUGAAUGUCACAUUUCUGCUGCGUGCCGAAUAGAGUAUGAGCUAAAGAAUGAUCACAUUUGACUAUUUUCACUUCUAAAACCUGAAAAAUGUACGAUGUUUGUCACAUUUCUGCUGCGUGCCGAAAAGGGUACGAGUGCUGCGUGCUGAACAGUGUACGAGAUAGCGGGUGAUAAAACUUUACGAUUUCCACCAUUAAAACCUGAAAAAUGUACGAUGUGUGUUACAUUUCUCCUGCGUGCCUCAGUGAUUAAAGUACGAGAGAAUGAUCAAAGUUAAGCUUUUUCCAGGAAGAAAACCUUAAAAAUGAACGAUAUUUGUCACAUUCAGCUUCGUGCCGAAUAGUAAAAAAUGUACCAUAUAUAAGAUAUAUGUCCACUGCGUGCUGUAAGUUGAGCUACCCGAAUAAAACUUUGUCAAGAACCUUCGCGGGACUCUUCUCAGCCUAUGUUUUUCUCUCGCAAGUAACGCAUCGUCCGGUAUGAGACUAACAACGAGCUACCUUCCGUUUUUCAGUAUAGGUCAUUUUGUGGGCGAAUUUAUCCGAAUUCUGCUUUAAACAACUUUUCAUGCAAGCAUUACUUCUUUAACUUCUUGAAAUCUUGCAUAUUUCUCCUCUGAGAACAGGUUUUUUUUUUUACAAGGGAUAGCGACGAGUAGGGUACUUUCUUAAGACCAAUUUGUUCAGUCUCCUGGUCAACUCUUUCCCAAGUAGUCAAAUUAUUGUCUUUCUUGAGAGAUCGAAAUGCGAUGAUGCCCGAAUGAGUGGCAGGUGUUGCGCGUAUUUACCAAGUACCGAAACAGGUUCUUUUGGAACGGAAAAACAACGAAGCCUAGGCGCAGGCCCUCAAAUGAACCUGACGAAGAGCAAAGCAUUUUGUAGAUACAGUACUCUGGGGAUAGUGGCCUGGGAAACAACGGAAGAUUGCGUUUUAUCUCAAAAGAAGGAGCUAUGGAACGACUACACGAGAUUCAUUUCUCUCCAUCUGAACUCUGUAAGGUGGUUGGCUUAAAUAACUUAGUAAGGAAGUUUGGUCUUCGCUUCCAUUGCAAUGGCAUCAAGCAGUCAGCGAGAGAUUUUCUAAAAGCGUGCCCUGUGUACCAAGAUAAACUGCCUUUUCUACCAUUUCCCUUCCACUACGCCCUAUCCGCUCCAACGGCCCAUAUGAACGGAUACAGGCUGAUAUUGUUGAUAUGGCACCUGGCAAGAAGCGGUCACCGUAUAAGUGGUCACUGUUUCUGACCAAUAUCCCUCUCGUACUCUAUUCGGCACGUUGUAUGUUAGUGGUAAACAGCGUACAGUUUUCCUUACAUCAGGGUUGGGAAGUUAAGUUACACCAUUUUCUCUCUAGUACUGUAUUCGGCACACAUCAUGUUAGGGGUAAAUAGCGUACAGUUUUCUUUACAUCAGGUUAGGAAUAGUUAAGUUUUACAGCAUUUUCUCUCUUGUACUCUAUUCGGCACGCUGUAUGUUAGGGGUAGAGAGCGUACAGGUUUCCUUACAUCAGGGUAGGGAAUUUAAUUUACAGCAUUUUCUCUCUCGUACUCUAUUCGGCACCCUGUAUGUCAGGGGUAAAGAGCGUACAGUUUUCUUUACAUCAGGGUAGGGAAGUUAAGUUACAGCAUUUUCUCUCUCGUACUCUAUUCGGCACCCUGUAUGUUAGGGGUAAAGAGCGUACAGUUUUCUUUACAUCAGGGUUGGGAAGUGAAGUUACAGCAUUUUCUCUCUCGUACUCUAUUCGGCACCCUGUAUGUUAGGGGUAGAGAACGUACAGUUUUUUUAACAUCGCUUCGCCGUAUUACGCACGUAGCAGAAAAGUUAAAAUUUUACGCAUUCUGAGAUAGCCUUAAUUUUGUUUGGCAUAAAGCAGAGAAUGUGUGACAGACGUUAAAAUUUGGCCUAGUUGGAUGCCGUGUUAAAUUUCUUCUUACGCACACCGCGGGUGAACAUGUUAUCAAAUGUCAUUGUAGCGCUUUAAGCGUUACAAAGAAUCAGGGGAAUAGGAUGGAUGUUCGUUGAAACCAGUCACGAACUGUAUUUACGGAAACAAGAAACAAAACGUCUUACUUUAAAGAGUUAAGGCGUUUAAUUCUUGCAAUCAUCUAGGGUUGUCUAAUUUUUUUACUCAUUUGAGUGGUUUCCGUCCUCAUCAUGUCAUGAGUUGUCAUCGCAUCGACUCAGGAAUUUAAUAAUUUGUCAUAAUUUAUGCGUCGUACUCUUUUUGGUACGGUACUCUAUUCGGCACUUUACAUGCCCCCCCGUUAUUUUUCGACCAAAAUGAGGCCCCAAGGGCCAAAAAAAUUUUUUUGAAGAGUGCCCCCCCUUAUCUCAGGGUCUGGAUGACUCCCCCCCCCUUAACUGAAGGCCUGGAUCCGCCACUGACACUUACUACACUUACUACACCUACUACACUUACUACAGCUACUACACUUAAUACACUUACUACAGCUACUACACUUACUACACCUACUACACUUACUACAGCUACUACACUUACUACAGCUACUACACUUACUACACUUACUACAGAUACUACACUUACUACACUUACUACAGCUACUACACUUACUACAGCUACUACACUUACUACAGCUACUACACUUACUACAGCUACUACACCUACUACACCUACUACACAUACUACAGCUACUACACUUACUACACCUACUGCACUUACUACACUUACUACAGCUACUACACUUACUACACUUACUACAGCUACUACACUUACUACACUUACUACACCUACUACAGCUACUACACUUACUACAGCUACUACACUUACUACAGCUACUACACUUACUACAGCUACUACACUUACUACACUUACUACACUUACUACAGAUACUACAGAUACUACACUUACUACACCUACUACACUUACUACAGAUACUACACUUUCUACUACACUUACUACAGAUACUACACUUACUACAGCUACUACACUUACUACACUUACUACAGAUACUACACUUACUACAGCUACUACACUUACUACACUUACUACAGCUACUACACUUACUACAGAUACUACAGAUACUACACUUACUACACUUACUACAGAUACUACACUUACUACACUUACUACAGCUACUACACUUACUACACUUACUACAGCUACUACACUUACUACACUUACUACAGAUACUACACUUACUACACUUACUACAGAUACUACACUUACUACACUUACUACAGCUACUACACUUACUACACUUACUACAGAUACUACAGAUACUACACUUACUACACUUACUACACUUACUACAGCUACUACACUUACUACACUUGCUACACUUACUACAGCUACUACACUUACUACAGCUACUACAGCUACUAGACCUACUACAUUUACUACACUUACUACAGAUACUACAGCUACUACAGCUACUACACUUACUACACCUACUACAGCUACUACACUUACUACACUUACUACAACUACUACACUUACUACAGCUACUACAGAUACUACACUUACUACAGCUGCUACGCUUACUACAGAUGCUACACUUACUACAGCUACUACAGCUACUACACUUACUACAGUUACUACACUUACUACACUUGUUAAAU